AUGAGUCUUUCGACAUCCUUUGCGGCGGACUCCUCAUGGUCGCUGUGGGACAAUGAACCUAUUGACGGUGCAUUCGAGCUAGAUCUUCCGCAAGGAAGCAUUGACCAAGGAGUCAUCAAAACAGUCUCACGACCGUGGGUAUUCGGCUAUAAACCGACGACGAAGCCCAACGGACGCGCAGUACUCAUCCUAGGGGGCGGCGGGUACGUUCAACUCAUGGUGGGCCGUGAGGGUGUCGCCGUGGCACGCUGGCUCGCCGCCCUCGGCUUCGAGGCCUUUGUACUCGUCCACCGGUUCCCGACGGCCGAAACGGGACCUCGGGCUCCAGUCGAUGAUGCUAGGCAGGCACUGCGUCUCAUCGAAGAGAAGAAAGCGGCGCCAGCUGGGCUGGGAGUAUGCGGCCUUUCCUCUGGCGGACAUCUCGCGUCCGCGCUGCUGGCCGAGUACCCGGCUCCGUGGGCGUCUGCUUCCGGGGCACCGGUACCCAAGCCGGAGUUCGCCAUCAUCGGAUACGGACCCAUUUCCACCAAUGCUAAAGGGCACACUAUCGUCCCCAACAAGGCUCCCCUCGACCCGCCGGCGAAGCAGGAACUUUACGACGUUGUUAUACCCGACCAGCAGAUCUCGUGCCCGGCACCGCCGACUUUCAUUAUGUAUUCUGCGAGCGAUCCCGUGGUGCCGGUGGUGAACGCAUACCGGCUCGCGCAGGGGUUACAAGCAGCGGAUGGCUCCGUUGAGCUCCACGUUUUUGCUGACGCGCCCCACGGUUUUGCGUUGGACACCAAGGGCUUGCCAGUCUCGAAAUGGCCCUCUUUGGCUGAGGCGUGGUUGCGGCAGGCAGGAUAUCUGGAAUAA